AUCAUCACUAGUCAUACACGUCACCAGCUACCGUGUCCAAUAGUCCAAGCAUCAAUGCCCCUCUAUCUCUCCAUUCUAUUUCUUCUUCUUUUCCUCAAAAAUUAAUUUCCACUCUUUCUACAAAAUUUUCCGAAACCAGAUCGGAAAUUCCCUUUCGUUUUCCCCCAAAAGGUUUCCAAUUUCCCCUCCUUCAGGAUCGACGCUAGACUAUCCAUCGCCACCGUUCAUCAUCGUCUCAGCCGCCUCUCUUAAAACCAGGGAUACGAAAAGAUGGGAGCUUUCAUAUCGAAGUUCUGGUUCAUGUUAUUUCCCGCAAAGGAAUAUAAGAUUGUGGUGGUUGGGUUAGAUAAUGCUGGCAAAACGACGACGCUUUACAAGCUUCACCUUGGUGAGGUUGUUACUACCCAUCCUACUGUUGGUAGCAACGUUGAAGAGCUUGUUUAUAAAAACAUCCGUUUCGAGGUAUGGGACCUUGGUGGGCAAGACCGACUACGGACAUCGUGGGCAACAUACUAUCGUGGAACUCAUGCUGUUAUUGUGGUGAUAGACAGUGUGGAUAGGGCCAGAAUCACCAUUAUGAAAGAGGAGCUCUUCAGGUUGCUCGCACACGAGGACCUACAACAUUCUGUUAUUCUCGUUUUUGCAAAUAAACAAGACCUAAAAGAUGCAAUGACCCCAGCUGAGAUCACCGAUGCCCUUUCGCUUCACAGCAUAAAAAAUCACGAUUGGCACAUCCAAGCCUGCUCCGCACUUACAGGAGAUGGACUGUACGAUGGUCUUGGGUGGAUCGCCCAGCACGUUACCGGAAAAGCACCAAGCUGAAAAGGAUCUGAUCAAUGAAAGAACGACCCAUUCAUUCUCCAUAUAUAUAUUAUGGAUUCUGCUGAUUUAUCACCAAAAAAAACAGAGUAAACUUUUGUGUACCAUCUUCUGUAUGAACUUUUUCUAGAUUGUUUUUAAACAUUUCAAUUUGCCUCUCAAGAAAUUGUCAUUUUUAUGCACAAUGAAAUCUUUUUCAUUUAAAAA